AUGACCAUAACUCUCAGCCCAAGGUCCCCAUCGGACAGCAAGCUCGCACUUCACAAAGCAAUAGUCGAAGACAUACCAGCCAUCAAAGAGAUGGUUGAUGCCGCCUAUUCGAAAUACAUUGAACGCAUUGGCAAACCACCAGCACCGAUGACAGAAGACUGGGACCAUGUGCUCCAAACGUAUGAAGUUCUCGUUCUGAGAGAUAAUGAGCGGAUCGUGGGGUCGAUCACCUGCCACCAGGACGAGCAGACAAACUCGCUCAAAAUCGACAACGUAGUAGUCGAUCCAACAGCGCAAGGGCGAGGCUACGGAUACUAUAUGAUCAACCACGCGGAAGCGGAAGCUCAAAAUCAGAGGCUUCCCAGUGUAACAUUAUUCACUAAUGUGAAGAUGUUUGAGAAUAUUGGGUUUUACGCGAAACUAGGGUUUAUGGAAACAGAUCGCAGAAUGGAGGAUGGGUUCGAACGUGUAUAUUUCUGUAAAAAGCUUUCUUGA